AUGCUUCUAAAUUGGAAAAAAGGUGAAUCGACAUAUUUGGACAAAUCCUUCGUCGUCAUUACUCAUUAUAUAAAAGCUCUUCAUUUAGUAAUAGCAAAAAUACUAGCCGUAGUUGGUCCUGCUGUUGGCAUAGGUCUUUUAAUGGCUUACAAUUAUUUCAAGAAAUCCGCUCCAAGACCAGCAUCGGCGCCCGAGGAAAUAAUACCACAAUCAGAGAUGAUUAUAAGAGCCCGAAAAGUAUUAAGAAUGGAUUGCGGCAUCUAUUAUAAUAUCGGCAUUUGUGGUAGUAGUGGAACAGGCAAAUCUUCAUUCAUUAAUUGUAUGCGUAAAAUAAAAGACGUAAAACUCACCAGCGAAUUUCGAUUUCAAGAAGAUGGACCAGCACCUAUUGGGGUUAGUGAAACAACAGCAGAUUGUACACGUUACUCUUAUCCAAAUAACGAGGCUCCAUAUCUUCGCCUAUGGGAUAUACCUGGAGGUGGCACUGCCAAACAUCCAGCAGAAACGUAUUUUGCUGACAAGUUAUUGUAUGCAUUUGAUUGUCUAAUCAUUUUAUAUGCAGGUCGUUUUACCAAAUUGGAUUUGGAUAUUUGCAAACAGGCAUACAUAUACAAGAUACCUGUGCUUUUGGUAAGAUCUAAAGCUGAUAUCGAUGUGGACAUUCAAAAGACGAUGAAAGUCGACGAGCUUGAUCGUUCCUUAACAGGGAAGGAAUACGAACAACUUAUAAAGGAAACUGUAGACACUUUGAAACAUGAUGUGGUUCAGCUGCUAGCCACAGUCCCAGGUUGCAAUCAUCUAACCAAUCUACCAGUGUAUGUAGUUGCGCCACAACGUUAUCGAUCACCUCGUUCAAAUGAGUGUCCACCUUUGGAAAUGGAACAAAUGUUGGAAAGAUGUCUCACUGUAGCUGCAUCCGGCCGACGCUAA